UCCACACAAGUUAUUUGUACCAAAUAACUCUGUUCAAAAAUGGCAGCUAUAGCCGAUCAGAGAAACUCCAAAUCUUCCAAAUGGUUUGCUAGCAAGAGUCUCAAGCUUAGCUUCCCCCGUCGCCGAUCAUUGUCCAAGUUUACCUCAUCGCCUUCAACCUCUCCUACCUCCCCUCUCUCCCCAUUACCUACCGCUACCACUCCCAGACAUACCAACAGGGAAGAUGAGUUCAGAGAAGUGUUUCGCUAUUUCGAUGGAGAUGGAGAUGGGAAAAUCUCAGCUACCGAGCUGAGGGCUUACUUUGGUUCUAUAGGAGAGUACAUGUCGUAUGAAGAGGCUGAGGCUGUGAUCAACGAGCUGGAUUCCGAUGGGGACAGUCUGUUAACAUUUGAGGAUUUUCUUCAGCUGAUGAAGAGGGAAGGCGACGACGACGAGGAUCUGAAGAGGGCUUUUGAGAUGUUUGAACUGGAAAAAGGGUUCAUAACUCCAAGAAGCUUGCAGAGGAUGUUGCACAGACUCGGAGACACAAAGUCAUAUGAUGAGUGUGCGACUAUGAUCCAAGUUUAUGAUACUGAUGGGAAUGGGGUGCUUGAUUUUAAUGAGUUUCAUCGAAUGAUGGCUUAAAGUUGGUGAUUUAGUUCAGGCUUUAAUUUUGCGGAAAAAGAUCACCUAACGAAUCACAUAAUAUGUACGUAAACGCGUUUGGUUGUGUGGUUCCUUCAUGAUCUUUAAAUGGUGGCAAUCGAUGUACGUACCUAAAUUAUGGUCUGGUUUUUUUAGCUUUGCCUUCAAGAAAGGUUUUAUUUUUUAGUA